AUGUUUGGAAGUUCCUCGUUUGGCGGCUUCGGCCAGCAAAACCAGCAGCAGCAAGGCAUGAACAACACAGCCCAGCCUGCCGCUGGUUCCAUGUUUGGCCAGCCAGCUACGCAGAAUGCGUUUGGCACGCCUGCUACGACGUUCGGGCAGCCUGCUGCCGCGUCUACCCCGGCCUUUGGGGCAGCGCAGCCGAACGCGUUCGGCGCGCCGUCAGCUACGGCGCAGCCAACGCAAAUGGGCACCCCUUUUUCAUUUAACCAAGCUUCUACGACCAAUACGUUUGGCGCGCCCAAGCCAGCCACGACCGGGUUUGGCUCGUUCGGGACAGGUACGGCGCAGCCAGCCGGUACAUCGUUCGGGUUCGGCGCGACAUCCACGCCGGCACCCUCGCAGCCCACAACUGGCGCGUUUGGCGGUAUGGCCUCCAACCCAGGCUUUGGCCAAGCGACGACCUCCUCGUUUGGGUUCGGCAAUGCACAGGCGCCAGGUGCUCAGCCCACCUCGACGUUUGGCACGUUCGGUGCGGGCGGCGCGCAGCAGGCCAUCACGCAGGGCUCGGCCACCGUGCCGUAUGCGCCGUUCCGAGAAGACAUGACGCCCAACGAACCAAAAGCGCAUGCCAAGACGUUUGAAGUCCACCAGUCGAUCACGUCAAUGCCUGCCUACCAGACCAUGAGUCCGGAAGAACUUCGUUGGAUGGACUACCAGCAAGGCCGUGGGAAGGGCACAGCCGGUCCGACCCCCGGUGCGACGGGCACCUCUACGACGACCUCGUUUGGCUUUGGCCAGCAGCCUAGCGCAUCGACCAACAACGCAUUUGGUCAGCCAGCUACCGGUACGACCAACGCGUUUGGCCAACCUGCGGCGCCGUCCACGGGCUUGUUUGGCCAGCAGCAGCCACAGCAGCAGCAGCCUGGGGCGAGCACUUCGAUGUUUGGCCAGGCUGCGCAGCCCAGUGGUGGCCUGUUUGGCAACAAUGCGGCGAAGCCUACGGCGUUUGGCACGAACAAUACGACAGGUACCUCCAUGUUUGGCCAGCCGCAACAACCUAGCGGCGGCAGUCUGUUUGGCGCUGGCGCUUCGGCACCUUCCACGACGCAGCCGACAUCGUCGUUCAUGUUUGGCCAAAACAAUACCACUACCAACAACAACACGGCCCCUGGCACGACUGGUUUUGGUUUCGGCGCGGCGAACAACCAAGCGAAGCCGGGCGGUCUCUUCGGCAACAAUGCCGGCACGACCGGGUUUGGCAACAAUGCUACGACGCAGCCAUCUUCCGGCUUCUCGUUUGGUGCCAACACGACGCAAAACCAAGCCGGUGCUACUGGUACGACGUUCGGCGCCACGCCCAACAACAAUAACAACAAUACAGGCGGCUUUUCGUUCGGCGCAAACAAUGCGAACCAGGCUAAGCCGGCUGGUAGCUUGUUCGGUGCAACGUCGACGCAGCCCAGUACAAAUACCUUUGGUACGAACACCUCGACUACCGGCGGCUUUUCGUUCGGAGCCAACAAUGCCAACCAGGCCAACAACCAGCCCAAGCCCGGCGGCUUGUUCGGUAGUGGCGGCGGGACUGGCUUUGGUGCGACGAACACGACGACAGGCACAGGUACGCAGCCCUCGACGGGCUUUGGCACGGGUGCGACGGGCGGCGGCCUCUUUGGCGCAAAGCCUGCCGGCACGACGGGCUUUGGCUUUGGCGGCGCGAACACAGCUACCACGGGUACGCAGCCUUCGACUGGCUUUGGGACAGGUACAGCGUCAGGCACGUCGACCAACACCGGCGGCGGCCUCUUUGGUGCUAAGCCUGCCGGCACAUCGCUCUUUGGCGCUGGUGCAGGGACCAACACGGGCGCGACACAGCCGGGUGGUGCGACGCAGCCUGGUAGUGGUGGCCUCUUUGGCCAGGCCUCCAAUACCUCGUCCAACACUGGUGGUGGUUUGUUUGGCGCUUCGAACGCCGGCAAGCCUGCGUUCUCGUUUGGUCAGAGCACCACAGGUGCGCCGAAUGCGACGCAGGGCACGACGGGCGGCACCUCGCUGUUCGGCGCCUCGCAACCUGCGCCUGGCACUGGCACCUCGCUGUUUGGUGCCUCGCAGCCUGCGUCGGGGGCGGGGACGUCGCUGUUUGGCGGUGCCAAGCCUCUAGGCGCCUCGGCGCCCGCACCAAGCGCUGCGGGCCCGACGAUGGGCCCGCCAUCACUGACGAGCAACCCAUACGGUACCGAUGCAUUGUUGGCCAACACGUCGACGGUGCCGACCGCAGCAACACAGGCGCCGCUGCCGUUUAACGUGGCACCCAAAAACAAGCCGCCUCUUACGUCGCCGUUCCGCUCAUCGCCUCGCAAUGCUGUGCGUGUGACCCGUCUGCGUGGCUCGACGCCCGGUCUGGAUCUGAGCCGGAGCGUGCGUGAAGGCACGCCGGGCGAUCGCGCGACGCCUGUGCGCGCUGGCAGUGCCGGUCUUUUCCGUCCGCCGAGCGAUGCGGCGGCUCUGAGCCCGCAAGCGUUUAUCCCUCGCUCUACCUCCAAGCGCCUAGUGCUUGAUGGUGAUACGAGUCUGACACAGUCGCCCAGCGCGUGGCGCGACGGUACUCCACGUGCGUCUGUGCCCCCACGCGCGCGGUUUUCGCCCGCGGUCGAAAAGAAAGUCGGUGGCAACGCAGGUGGCGGUGCUUCGCUGGGCGUCAGUGCGUCGCAACCGCUGGAGGCAGACACCUCGUCGUUGUCGCUGCCCCCGCCGCGUGACGCAUCGUUUGGCUCGGCGCCUUCCUCAACGCCUGUGCCCGCAGGCAAGGCCAAGGCCAAGAGUGCGCGUGUGUUGCAGCAUGGCGACUACUUUACCGAGCCGAGUCUGAGUGAGCUGCGUGCCAUGCCUCAUGAGGCACUCUCGCACGUCCAGGACUUUGUCGUGGGCCGCGUAGGCUUUGGCCGUCUUGCAUUCCUGGAGCCGGUGGACUUGACGAGCGUGCCGGACCUGAGCUUUGUCGCCGGUGGCGUUGUCCAACUGCGAGCUAAAGAGUGCUUUGUGUACCCACAAGAAGAGGACCUGGUAUCAGACACGCCAUUGGAUGGUCUGUUGCCCAACUACGUGCCGGUGCCCAAGGCGCCGCUAGGUACGGGUCUCAAUGUGCCUGCCCGUGUGAGUCUCGAGGGAUGCUGGCCCCUGGACCGUGCCACACGUGAGCCGCUCAAAGACGAGUCGUUGCCGCGUGUCAAGCAGCACAUCCACAAGCUGCGUAACAAGAAAGAGACCGAGUUCCUUUCGUACGAGGCGGCCAGCGGUACGUGGACGUUCCGUGUCGAGCACUUUUCGCGCUAUGGCUUGGAUGAGUCGGACGAAGACAUGGACGACGAAGAGGAGAUGCAGAGCGAUUCGGACGACGGUCCGCCCCUCGCGCGUCUGGGCGAGUCCGAGGAGGAGAGUGACGAGGACAGCGGCUCGAGUGUGAUGCAUGAAAGUGAGUUGGUGCCUGGGAUCGACGUCGAUGCGCGUGACGAUGUUUGGGUCCCGACCAUCCGGGAUGCACCGCCUACGUUGCGUCGCUCCAUGACCCCUGCGGCCGUGUCCCGUCGCACGCCCGGUGUGGUGGAGCCACGCAAAGUCCAGGUGAUGCAGGCCAGUUUUUUUGGGCAGGCGCCUCCGACGCAAGGACCAGUCGGAGGCGUGAGCCAGGACGGUCCCUGGGCCUCGAGCGUCGCUCGUGACGUAUACCCACCCCCGCCAGGGGUGCCAGAGCGUGCGAUGGAGCACGUUCGUGACGACGAAGACGACGAUGGCGAUGAGGAGGAAGAAGAAGAAGAAGAAGAGAUCAUGGUCGAGGAUCUUCCGCCUCGCUUGCCGCCGGUGGAUAUCGUGCGUGUGCCCUCUGCCAAGUCGGCAUUGGAUCCCAGUCUCCCACUCGAUGCGAGCUUGACCCUUGCGCGUAGUUUCCGUGUGGGCUGGUGUGCUCCCACGCGCUUCGUACACAGCGGUGUGCGUCCCGCCUCAUCGAUGCCUCUCGCCUGUACGCAGGUGCAAUGGGAGCACAUUCCUAUGGCGACGCGCGAGGAUGAUGCAUCAUCCAUCCUAGCGAUGUCGCAUCGUCUUUUGGCGCAACAGCUGGCCGACUCCCAAAUCCAGCGUGAAGAUGGGGCUCGUGCGCCGCAUGUGACGUUUGCCGAGGGCACGACGUGCGCGCACAUGGCGCAGAUGUACGAUGCAGAUGAUAAGCAGUAUGCUGCGCAGGUCUGGCACUUGACCAGCGCACUGUUUGACCCCUUGGACUUGGAUCUCCCGGCUACAGCGUCCAGUGAGAUGCGCAGUGCCGUCACACUGCGCCGACGCAAAGCCGCGUUUUCGCAGUGGCUGGAACGUGCUGUGACCUCGUCUGUGCAAGCGGAUGUGCGUGCGCAUGUUGCUGCGUCACGACGACCUGAGCAUGUGUUUGCGCUGCUCACAGGUCACCAAGUGGAGCAAGCUGCCGAGGCUGCGCUGGAAGGCGGCGAUGUCCGUCUUGCGACGCUGGUGGCGCAGGCGGGUGGUGCUUUGGAAGCCAGGGCAGACGUGCACGAGCAGUUGGCAUUGUGGCAUGCGGAGGGCGUGGAUGACGAUAUUGAUCGCCCACGCCGCCGUUUGUACGAGCUGCUGGCUGGCAAUGUCGUGCAUGCUGAAUGGACCAGUGCACGUACGCAUGCGCGUGAGAAGCAGACCAUGGCGAUGGCGGCUGGCUUGGAUUGGCGUCGUGCACUGGGUCUGCAUAUAUGGUACGGCACGGCAUGGGAGUCGCCACUGCAGGCAUGUGUACACAGCUACGAAGAGGCGCUCAAGGCGGCAGGCGAGACGGCGCCGCCAUUGCCAUCGUACCAAGCCGAUGCGCAGCUGGGUAUCCUGAAGCAGCGGGCGCUAUGGCAAAAUAAGGGCGCGCCGCGCGAUGCCUUGUACGAGCUGCUGAAGCUGCAUGUGGAUACCACGUACCCGCUUGCUCACGUCUUGGAUCCCCGCAACUUUGGGCAAAGUGCCAUGGACUUUGCUUUGCCAUGGCACUUGUACAUGUACCUCACACGCGCUCUCCAUGCGCGAUCCCUAGACGAGGACGUGCAAGGUGAUCAGUUGACCAUCAGCUACGCUACACAGCUAGAGAGUGCUGGUGAAUGGCGCUGGGCGGCGUUUGUGCUCUUGCACCUGACCGACGAAGAUGUUCGCGCCAAGGCUGUGUCCACCCUGCUCGCCCGCCAUGUCGAGGCACUGAAUGAGGAGGCUGUGGCCUACCUUGUCUCUACCUUGCAUGUGGAUCCACGGUGGAUCCAUCUUGCACGCGCCCAAGCGGCGCAUGCGCGCCACGACUUGUAUGUGGAGUACCAAUGCCGCUUGAAGGCUGAGGACUGGGCGCGUGCGCAUGCUGUGGCCGUGCGCUACUUGGCCCCUGAAGCGUUUGUACGUGGCGAGACAAGUUUGCUUCUCGACUUGUUCCGGCCGAUGGCGGACGCCGUCGAGGCCGGGCAUGUGAUUCCUGGCUGGUACGAAGGCGGGCACGUCCUGCUUGACUAUGCUACGCUGCCGCGCUUGCUGCCGCCUCUGCUCGCCAAGGCCCAGGACGGGACGCUGUCGGCGCAGGAGAGGCAUGCUUUGCAGCAGGCGACGGGCCGUACGCACGAACUGUUGGACCGUGUGCCGCUGUUGUAUGCGGAUACGACAGACUUGAUGAGCACCGUGGCCCGGACCGAGAUGAAGGCCGUCUUGCACAACCUUUCGCGCCUCCUUGCGAGCGAGGCACAGGCCCCGGAGCCCCCUGUGCACUGGUCAGCUACCUCGCCCCCCGAUAUGGAGCAAUUGCAAGCCGCUGCGCGUGACUUUAGCGCGUCUAUGUUAGCCUGUCUAUAG